AUGGCUGACGGGGAGCUGGUGAAGAAGAUGCUGCGGGCCAUCCUCCAGGCCAACAAGAAUGGAGUAUCGCUGUCACGUCUACAGUCAGAGUACAAGGAGCUCAACGGAGAGCAGAUACCACACAAACAACUGGGACACAACCACCUGGACACACUGCUAGCUAGUAUGCCGUCGGUUGUUGGCAUGGAGCGCAACCGCUCUGGAGAGAUGGUCUAUUUUGCCUCGGGGGCCAAUGAGACGUCCCAUAUAGCCAAGGUGGUGGCUCGCCAGCGCAGCUCCAAGAAGACGGGCCGACCCCACCUCGUCAACACACAGAUGAGGGUCAAACCAGCAGCACCACUUGUCCUCAAUGCCAAACCUCAAACCUCAUUGAGGCAGCCGAACCACCGUGGACGUGGUGGGGGUAGAGGAGGAGGCGGCGGCCGAGGGCCAGGACAUGGAGACUCCAGGCAAGCCAGAGAAAUGAGGGAUGGCCAUUCAGAGAGCAAGGCUGGGGCACAUCCAAACAAGAUGUCCAAUCAGAACACACCCAACAGGAAGGGGAACCCACCUGCAGAGAAGUCAGAGAAGAGGAUGACCCUGCAUUCACGGUUUCAUAAAGAGGUGCACGCUCACCUUUCCAGAAACCCCCCACAGACUGGUCCACCCAUGAAUCUGAACGAAAGCCUCAGCUCUGGAAAAGGAAAACCUUACAACCCUCAGCAGGUCCAGGGGCGCAUCAGAGAGAUCCUGGGGAAGUACAGCAAUGGGUUCUGGGUAUCUAAGCUUCCUCAGAUCUACAGAGAGCUGUACAAACAAGACCUGCCCACUGAGGCUGCCAAAGACCUGGAGACCUGGACACACAUAUGCACUGUAGAGAAAACCUGCAGCAGCAACCCGACAGAACUCCUCCUCUACCCUGCCAAGGAACAGACCACUGCAUCCUCCCCUUCACCAAUCCUCAACCUGAACUCCACCAGCGCCCCUGUCCCAGUAUCAAACACCCCUACAGAUAAACCCUUGAGUUCCCCUGCUCAACAGAGACCCCCCACCACCCAUCUGACUCGCUCCGGUUCUCCCUCUCCUCUGUCUCCGCCAUCGUCCUCCUCGUCCCCAAGCCCUCCUUCCUCCCCUGCCUCCCUUAGCCCCGACCUGAGGCUGAAACUAGAGGAGUUGCUGGUGAAGUAUUCCAACGGUCUAUGGGCCCAUGCACUGCCCAAGCUCUUUCAGGACACCUACAAAUCCAAACUGCCCAGACAUGUUCUGGAGAACCUUCAUCUCCUUUCCGACAUCUGUACUAUUGACUACCCGAUGCCUGACAACCCUAAAAGGGCCAUCCUGUACAGAAUGAGCAGCACAGGAGAUGGAGGAGGAGAGGAUGAGAACUGCAAUAGGAGGAACUCUUCGACCAGUGAAGAGGAGCUGAGGGUGAGGCAGGAGCUGGAGAAGAGGCUCAGUAACCAGGCGGUGCCUUCUCUGCAAAUUCCCAAAGAGGAGUACCCCUCUGUGCUGGUGGUGGAUGCUACCAACACCAACAGUGUUAUACUCAGGUACAUUGGUGAGGGUUACUCCCAGGCCCAGGAGUCCAUGGAGGAUGAGAUGAGAGAGUUUUAUGGCCUGAAACAAAGUACUCCACCUCCUUUGUCCUCUCCUUCCUCUGGCCAACUUGUUGCUGUCAGAGCUGAGGAGGAAGAGGAGAUCUUGAGGGCACAAGUCUGCGAGGUCAUGGCCGACAAGGUCAAGGUCUACUAUGUGGAUCAUGGGUUCUCAGAGUUGAUCAGCAAAACCAAAGUGUUUGAGCUGCAUGAGAAGUUUUUCAAACUGCCUUUCCAGGCCACCAAGUGUAAACUAGCAGGUCUGGAGCCAUUCUGUCAGGAGCCUGCUGUGCUGAAGACGUUUGAGACUAUGGCAAGUGGUAAGAUCCUAUUGGCUGAGAUCCUAGAGAGAGGGCAGACCCCUCUGGCCGUCCUGUACGACACGUCGCAGGAUGAUGAUGUCAACAUCAAUGCUGCCUGCAUGAAGGCUUUGCAUGACAAGACGCUAGCAAGCCCGUUACAGGUGAACAGUGCUUACAUGAAUGUGACCGUCAGCAGUGUCUGCUCAGAUGGAACCGUCUACUGUCAACUGCCCUCCAGAGGCCUGGCCAAGCUGAAUGAGUUACUGGAGAAUAUAGAGACAUACUUCCACUCACAGGUCACUUCAGAGUUCCUGGUGUCCAGACCCUUUUGUGGGAAAGGAUGUAUGGUGCGCUACAAAGGCAAAUGGUCCCGUGUAGAGAUCACCAAUCUGCAUGGCAGCAGAGUCCUGGACAUCCUGUUUAUUGACGUGGGCGUGCAGGCAUCUGUGGAGGUGUUUGAGCUGAGAGAGAUCCCCCCACUAUUCCUCCGUGACCUUAUGGCUAUCCCACCGCAGGCUGUGAAGUGCUUUCUAGCUGACCUGGCUGUCAGUGUUGGGUCCUGGACUCCAGAUGCUGUCCAGUGGCUUCGAGAGAAAGUGCUCAACAUCACUGACUGCAGCAUGAAGGUGGCUAAGGUGGACGAAACCAAGCGCUGCACCUACGUCCACCUGUUCACCGAUAAGAACUUCCAUGACCCGGCCCGCAGCCUCAACCAUCAGAUGGCGCAGUCUGACCUGUUCAAACAUCAACCAGAUGUUUUCCUGACUAGCCACAGCUCCGCUAAGAUCUCCACAGCCACUUUAUCCUCCAAGACUUCCAGUACCAGCGACUCCGCUAACGGUAAUAGAUCAACUACUGUCCCAGCUAAGCCUCAAAUCCGAAGGACUCUACCGGGUCAAAGAGGAGGCGGAGGAGGUGGAGGAGGAAACACAACCAGCACCACCCCACCAGAAACGCCAUCAACUCCCUCAACAUCUCUCCAGCUGCCACCACUACUAGAGCUGCCUCCAGCUGGAAACAACAUAGAUGUCUAUGUAUCCGUAGCGUGCCAUCCGGGCCACUUUGUGCUGCAGCCCUGGAGAGAUAUGUACAAAUUGGUGGUGUUGAUGGGAGAGAUGAUUCUGUACUACAAUAAAAUUGAAGAAAAACCACUCAACAUAGAGAAGAAUCAGAUAUAUGCUGCUAAAGUGGAGAACAACUGGCAUCGUGUGUUGGUGAAGGGAGUUCUGACCAAUGGCUUGGUGUCUGUCUAUGAGCUGGACUAUGGUAAACAUGAGCUGGUCAGCUGCACCCAGCUCAGACCUUUGAUCAAGGAGUUCAGGCAGCUGCCGUUUCAGGGAAGCACUGCUCAGCUGGCUGGAGUGAAGCCGCGGCAGUGGUCAGAAGAAGCUUCCAUCGUUUUCAGGAACCACGUGGAGAAGAAACCACUCGUGGCCCAGCUGGAGAGCCUACAGGAAGCCACAAACCCGUGGGAGAGGAAGUUGACAGUCUUCCUGGUCGACACUUCCCAGGAGGAACGAGACAUCUGGGUGCAUGACAUCAUGGCUGAAUUUGCUGAUGAGAUUACCAAUGUGUUGUAA